AUCCAAAGUGCUCCACAAUGUUGACGAAAGAAAGUUUGUUUUCAAGUGGACACACAACCCUGUGUAUCUUAUAAAGGUGGUUUAAUAAAUCAACGAUAAAGAGCCUCAGGGGCAGGACUGGUGGGCAGCAGGAACAACAUCAGUGGAGAAACGCCCCUCGUCUCCGAACAGACACAGAUUUAUUGUGGGGAGUUUAUUGGCAGUCAAAAGUUUUCUUCGAGUCAAGGUUAAUAUAACCACCAGCAGCACCUUUAAACGACAGGCUUACACCAUGAAGAAGGGUCCCGUUUAGGAGAGAGCUGGACUCUGGAAAAACAACACUGUCUUCUCUGAAGCUCUCUGUGAGAAAACACAUCUCUCAGAAUAUGGUGAGAAAUAAAAAUACAGAUGGACGCCACAAUCGCUCCUCCGUGGGUAAGACAAAAAAGACUGGCUUCCCGAGUGCAAACAGUGAAGAGCAGACUCCUCUUGAUACCCCAGCAGGCAAGGACUGUCCUGCUGCUUCUGCAGACCGCCAGACCACCGCUGAAGGUCAGCUGGGUUUUCCAGACAGAGUUUACCUGCUGGCAUCUAUCAUCUUCCAAAAUCACCACCUGGAAAAGCCUCCUGCCCAGCGGUUGGUGAAUUAUGGCAAAGAGAGAGGGCUUCCAGUACCAGCAGUCAAAGAUGAGGAGACGCAACGUACAGCUUAUGAGCUUGCCUUUAAUACACUCAAAUAUCAAGAGCUGCUGGAGGACAUCAUGAUUGACAGCUGCCUUUUCCUAUCACAGCAAAUGCCAGAUGAUCAGAUGAGCCUUGUUGCCGUUAUGCUCUACGACUUCCAGGACAGAAAGUUCCUCCCUAGUGAAUGCCAGGUGAAGGAUGAACUCAUACAGGAAGUAAGAGAUGUGGAGAAGUACCUCCUCAGGAGUAAAACAAAGCUGGCAGCCUCUCUGGCCCGCUGCAGGAUCAAACAUGAUCUAGUGUCCAUCGAACGUAUUCUGCCAGAGAGUGUGAAGAAGAAACAGGAGAGAUCGAGCAACCUUCCACUUUACGCAUGGGUAAACACACAGAAGAGCAGUCUCAAUGAGGUCCAAAGUGUGCUGAAGACAGCAGGCUUCUCACAGGUGGAAUCGAUUGGGCAGCUGGAGGGCCGGACCUUCUGCCAGGAUCCCCACUGCGGGGAUGUACUGGUAUUCCCUGCUCAGCUGAGGGCUCAGCUGUACUCCACCGAGCUGCUUAGCAACCACAAACUCAUCAUCCAGGAUAAAUCUUGCAGCCUCGGCCCAAAUGCAGUGUGUUCCCUGCUAACAGAGGAAGGAGAUGUUCUGAUGGUGGGAUGCUUCUCCAGCCUAACUGUCUCCCACACUGCUUCCCUCAUUAUCAACAAACAUCAAGCCAACUGCAGUGUCCAAGGUCCCACCGUCUACGUUUGUGUCAGCGACCGCACAAACGCUCAGAGGGAGGAGCUACAUCAGGCCGUCACUGCCAUGGGCUGCAAGAAUGUGAAGCUGAUACCAGAAGACUUCCACUCUGUAGACGGAGGUGAUAAACGACUUCAGAAGGUGCGCAUCAUCCUGUUGACCCCCAAGUGUUCUGUGUCUGCAGUCAGCAACCCAGUCGACUUCAUACUGCAAGAGAACGGAGACACAGACCUUCUGCAGGACUUAUCCCAGGACUCCAUUGCCCAAAGCAAACUGGAAGCUCUGGUAGCCCAGCAGAGGAAGGAUAUUGAUCAUUCCUUGAAGUUUCCUAAGGUUUCUGCAGUAAUUUACUCCACCUGCUCGUCAUACCCUGAUGAAAAUGAGGUGGUGGUGAACAGAGCCCUGGAGCAAGCCAAGGCCUGCUCUGAGCAGGAGGGAGAACCAAGACAAGCAACCUUCAGGAUCAGUCCAUCUCCAUUCAGCAAUCUAGACCAUGCCGAGGCCCUACAGGAAACAAACCCCUUCUUAAUGUUGGAGCCUUCAGCACAUAGCAAUGGUUGCUUUCUGGCUGUUCUCAGCAAAGAGCCAGAGCCAGUGGUUAAAGAGGCGCCACAAGAAGUGCUUCGAAGGGCAAAUGCCAAAGGCAUAUUAGAUAGGAUCGGCUUAAAGCAGCCUACCAGAAAAGAGCAUCACGGACAUACUAACAGGAUGAUCAAAACAACCAACGCUUGCAACUCGACACCCAACAUUGCUGUCAGUCUGCAAUCGAAAAAGAAGGAGACCAAGGGCAGCAGCAGUUCUACUUUAUGUGGACGUCAGGAGUUCACUAAUUGGCGGCCGUCAUUACAAGGAAGAGUCAAGGCACAGGCUUCAAAGAACUCAACAUCCAGCCCCUUCCCCUCUUCCAAACCAGAAAGCAACAGCUCCCCCUCCUUAUCCAAAGUAGAAAACAUCUCAUUAAAGAAAACCAUUGUGCCUGUAUUCAAGACUUCAACUUCCACCACCCCUCUGCAUCUGGCCCCUCCCCCUGCCCCCCCACCGGCCAUGGUUAUCCGCCCACGUAAAGCUCAACAGGAGGUGCUGAAGCCUGUUGUGCUCGUCUUUCCUCCCGUUCACUUCCCCAGCUUCUUCCCACCUCAGCACAGCCGAACAGAAUACAGCCACAGCUUCGAAAACCGCAAGUGGAGAACCCCAACUCAAACUAUGCCCCCUUCCCGCUCCAGUGGAAACAAUCCCAAGGAUGCUUUGGCUAAAUCUCAACCUUUUUUUUGAAUCCCAACACCGACAUCAUAUAAACUUUUGUGCCAAAUGGUUACCCAAAUAAAACCCGAAGCAACUAAAUCUUCAUUCUGGAAUGUGGACAUUAUUAUAGAAGUGCCACAUUGCACAGAGCAUGUGAUAAUGUAAGUUACCUUUGAGGUUUCUUGAGCCAUUCUUACCCGGAACUAUCACAAUGUCAUUAUCACAGAGUCUCGGUGCGCUGCCUCAGCCAGAAUCUAAUCAAACUGCAUUUACUCAAAGGGCUGGGCCAAUGUCACUUCAAUGUCAGUAUUAUGAAAAAUAGCUUUUACAUGGGGUUCCACUUGCCUGCAACAUUAAAAGGACAUAUUCAAGAA